CGUGAAAAGGUACCUUUAUUCUUGACGGCCCAAUUAUUUUAGAGUUGAAUAGAAAAGUCAAAUCGAACCUAGGCUCAUUCCCAGAAGUUGUUACCCGGAUUAGCCCGAAUACAAGAUAUAAAGAAACUGUUUCACCUGUUGUACAAGUGUGUACACGCGUAACGCUCGCCCAAUCAUUUUGUAAAACUGUCUACGGCCAGCCACAUGAAUAUCAUCAGCCAACAAUUGUAUGGACUCUUUCAACGAAUGCUGUUCCGUAAUAUGAAUUUCGAAAUAGCUAAUGAGAAUAAAAAUCAGGAGAUAGAUGAGGAAACUUGGAUUUUACUAAAAGAAGAAUGGAAAAAGUUGCAAAAAGAAUGGAUGUCUGAGAACGAACAAAAUGAAGAAGAGGAAGAGAAGAUACAGAUUGAAGAGGAAAGCAUGAUAGAAGAAAUGUGGAAGAAUGAUAAAUUACGUCAAUGGGAGUGGAAAAAGAAAGGACAGUGCAGAGAAAAUAUAAAAGAUUCUAACACAGAGGCAAUUAGAAAAUCUGAUAUUCCACAAACUGUCAUUAUCAUUUUGAAACACAAAGUCAACAAAGUCGCGGUCCGAAAAAUCAAACAUGCCUCCACCCAGACUAAUCCAAAUGAUUAUUUAAAACAUCUGCGUUUUGAGAUUCCCGAUACAACAUUCCUUGAAGUCUCAAAGGUUUCCAUAGAAAAAUCAAAAUCCUCUUCGCGAGUGAAACAUCGAUCUGAUUGCAAACUUUCUGAAACAACAUCACUUGAAGCUCCAAAGGUUCCUCUAAAACAAACAAAACCCUCUUCUCGGAAAAAUAGUCUAUCCGAUUGUAAACUUCCUGGUACAACACCCAUUGAAGCUCCAAAAUCUCCUCUAAACGAAUCAAACUCCUCUUCGGGGGAUAAACAUCGAUCCGAUUGUAAACUUUCAGAUAUAACAUCCCUUAGAGCUCCAAAGGCUCCUGUAGAAAAAUCAAACUUCACUUCCCGGGAGAAAAAUCGAUCCGAUUGUAAACUUCCUCAUAAAACAUCCCUUGAAACUACAAAGCCUCCUCUAAACAAUUCAAAAUCAAAACGAAUUUCCUCUUUUCGGGAAAAACAUCGAUUCGAUUCUAAACUUUCAGAUGUAACAUCCGUUAGAGCUCCAAAGGCUCCUAUAAAAGAACCAAACUUCUCUUCCCUGGAGAAAAAUCGAUCCCAUUGUAAACUUCUUCAUACAGUAUUCCGUGAAGCUCCAAAGCCUCCUCUAAACGAUUCAAGCUCCUCUUCUCGGGACAAACAUCGAUCCGAUUCUAAGUUUUCAGAUAUAACAUCCCUUGGGGCUCCAAAGGCUUCUAUAAAAGAAUUAAACUUCUCUUCACGGGGGAAACAUCGAUCUGAUUCUAAACUUUCAGAGAUAACAUCUCUUAAAGGUUCAAAUUUUCCUCUAAACGAAUCAAAAUAUUCUUCCCGGGAGAAAAAUAUAUCUGAUUGUAAACUUCCGCAUACAACAUACCUUGAAGCUCCAAAGGCUCCUAUAAAAGAAUCAAAACACUCUCCUUGGGUGAAACAGCAAUCUAAUUGUAAACUUUCAGAUAAAACAUUCCUUGAAACUCCAAAGGCUCUUAUAGAAGAAUCAAACUUCACUUCCCAGGAGAAAAAUCGAUCAGAUGAUAAACUUCCUGAUAAAACAUCCCUUGGAGUUUCAAAGGUUCCUCUAAAGGAAUUAAAACACUCUUCCUGGGUGAAACAGCAAUCUAAUUGUAAGCUUUUAGAUAUAACAUUCCUUGAAUCUCCAAAGUCUCUUCUAAUCGAAUCAAAGCCCUCUUCGCGGAAUAAAUAUCGAUCCGGUUGUAGAACUUCAUUUAAGCCGAAAUUAGCUACACAGCCUGAGACCAAACACGAGCAAUCACAAGAAGUCGAUCCCGAAUCUGUUAACUCCUCUCUAAAAGAAACAAACUCCAAGUGUUGGAAUUGCGGAAGCCCACUUCAUUACUACAAUACUUGCGGCGUGCCUAUCAUUAGAAGUUUCUGCUUCAGGUGUGGAAACCCGGGAAAAACUCGAAGAAAUUGCCCCAGAUGUUCGAAAGAAGGAAUACUUUGCUUCAGUUGUGGAAACCCCGGGGUAACUAUACUUACUUGCCCGAAAUGCAGUGAACCGAAAGAAUGUACAAAACCACUAAUUUAUGACUUCUGAUCAAUUACUUCUAGCAACUAAUUGUACAGCUUUUUCCAAACUUAAUAAAUGUUUCGUAAUCUUCUUUUGCCCUCGUAUAAAGACAGUUUUAAGUAAUUUAUCACUCCAUUCGCACGCCAUUUUGCUUGGAGCUUUUCACAUUACGUAAAGAUUUUUUUUUAAUG